CCGCGCCAGCGCCACCGUCCGGUCCGCACAUCCUCCCGCCGGCACAGCCGCGCGGCCACCGAGCGUCCCCUGCGCGGCGCUCCGAGCCUCCGGAAUGGGGCUUCGGGCACUGGGCGAGCUCCGAACCCGGCGCCCCUGAGAACGGAGUGCUAGGAGCCGCCCCGCUGCCCGGAGCCCCCUUCGCCCAGCACCGGGAGAUGCUGGCAAUGCAGCCACCGGGUCCCCGAGGAGCCACAGCCCCCGGGAUGCCCGGGCACGGUGCACGCCCCGGCCAGCAGCGCCAGGAGGAGACGGCGUCCCCUACACCCGACCCGCGCGGCGGGGACAGCGCAACGCGAGCCCUCUAGACGACCGCAGGGCCACAAAGCAGCUCCGCCGCAGGUGCCACCUCGGAAACCAUGACCCCUGGCGCGGGUCCAUGGAGCUAUGGCCUAUAGGGUCCUGGGCCGCGCGGGGCCAGCUCAGCCGCGGAGGGCGCGCAGGCUGCUCUUCGCCUUCACGCUGUCGCUGUCCUGCACUUACCUGUGUUACAGCUUCCUGUGCUGCUGCGACGAUCUGGGCCGGAGCCGCCUCCUCGGAGCGCCGCGUUGCCUCCGCGGCACCAGCGCAAGCGGCCAGAAACUUCUCUCGAAGUCCCGCCCCUGUGAUCCCCCGGGGCCGACGCCCAGUGAGCCCAGCGCUCCCAGCGCUCUGGCUGCAGCCGCGCCGGCACCUCGCGUCUCGGGAUCCAACCACUCCGGCUCCCCGAAGGUGGGCACCAAACGGCUACCCCAAGCCCUCAUUGUCGGCGUCAAGAAGGGGGGAACCCGAGCGGUGCUGGAGUUUAUCCGUGUGCACCCGGACGUGCGAGCCUUGGGCACUGAGCCCCACUUCUUCGAUAGGAACUACGGCCGGGGGCUCGACUGGUACAGGAGCCUGAUGCCCAGGACCUUGGAGACUCAGAUCACUUUGGAGAAGACGCCCAGCUAUUUUGUCACCCAAGAGGCCCCUCGACGAAUAUUCAACAUGUCCCGAGACACCAAGCUGAUCGUGGUGGUUCGGAACCCUGUGACCCGAGCCAUCUCUGAUUACACUCAGACGCUCUCCAAGAAGCCAGACAUCCCCACUUUCGAGGGCCUGUCCUUCCGCAACCGCACCCUGGGCCUGGUGGAUGUGUCUUGGAAUGCCAUCCGCAUCGGCAUGUAUGCGCUGCACCUGGAGAGCUGGCUGCAAUACUUCCCGCUGGCCCAGAUCCACUUUGUCAGCGGCGAGCGGCUCAUCACAGAUCCAGCAGGUGAGAUGGGACGCAUUCAGGACUUCUUGGGCAUCAAGAGAUUCAUCACAGAUAAGCACUUCUACUUCAACAAGACCAAAGGAUUCCCUUGCUUGAAAAAACCAGAGUCGAGCCUCCUGCCUCGGUGCCUGGGCAAAUCGAAAGGGAGAACUCAUGUACAGAUCGACCCUGAAGUGAUAGACCAGCUCCGGGAAUUUUAUAGACCUUAUAACAUUAAAUUUUAUGAAACUGUUGGGCAGGACUUUAGGUGGGAAUAAGUCACGCCCCAGGUACAAGGGCCCUUCCUCCUGUCUCUUCCAUGAGGAUUGCUUUCAAAGUUACCCAUCCUCAUCUCCAGCCCCUCUUCCCAUCUAGAACCCCAGGGUGGAUCAUCUUGGAACCAGGAGGCCCAAUAAAGGCCAAGAGACUGUGGUUCCUGCCACUGGCUCUCACCAGUCUGUCCAAGCAAAGUCUAGCUGCUUCCGGUAUAUCCAUCCAACCCUGGAAAUGGUUCUCCCUUCUGCCCAUAAGCGGCCUUAGGGAGUCCCUGUAAGAAGAGUGGUUCUCCCAAAGAUGGGGGAUGCUCUAAGUUGUGAUGGCUCCUUUGCUGUGAGAACAGCAGUCCAUCCUGUCACUGUCCACUCAGGAGUGACCUUCUUAAUUCCAUGUGGCAUGUACCUUCCCUCUGAGCUUAAUUUCCUGGAGCAGCCCUGGGUGCUGGAAGACCAUCCUUGGUCCUCCUCACAACUCAGCAGCUCAUCAACAGAGUGCAGAGCCAGAAUCACCCUCCUGUCACCCCAGGAGAUGGACCCUGUGAUGACGAAAUAAGCCAGUGACUUCAAAGCCUGUGAUCUCCGCUGUACUUGGAGGCUGCUGCCUUCAAUAGGCACUCUGUGACUCUCCCUGCUCCCUGCGGAAAAAAGCACAUAAUUCUGCUGUUACGGGUACUUUCCUCACACGAGCUUUCAUGUUCAGCAUGCGUGGAAUCAUGCUUGUCCAUGUGAAAUAAAUAUGGCUCUCUUGUGUC